CAGGAAGCGAAGAUGGAACACAUGUCUGAUGUAGAAUGUCAAACGCAGUAAGAUAAAAUACGACUUAAUCUGAUAUGCACAGCAUCGUUGACGGAAAAUAUGGUUGAGCCAAUUUUCGACUACCAGUUCAGGCUGAUCUUGAUAGGUGACAGUACUGUGGGAAAAUCGUCAUUACUGAAAUAUUUCACAGAUGGUAAAUUCUCGGAGGUUUGCGACCCGACCGUAGGCGUGGAUUUCUACGCCCGUCUGUUGGAGGUUGAGCAAGGCGUCCGGGUAAAACUACAACUCUGGGACACGGCGGGACAGGAGAGGUUCAGGUCAAUCACUCGAUCCUACUACCGUAAUUCCGUUGGUGUACUGAUAGUGUUUGAUUUAACAAAGCGACGAUCCUAUGAGAACGUUGAUAGCUGGCUGAAGGAGGCGCGUGCCCAUAUAGAGCCGUACGAGGCUGUGUAUAUGGUUGUAGGACAGAAGGCUGACUUGGAGGACCAACGUCAGGUCACACAUCGUGAGGCUCGUCUUUACGCAGAAACCAAUAGCCUCCGCUACAUUGAAACAUCAGCAUUUUCAGGACAUAAUGUUGAGGAGGCAUUUCAAUGUCUUGCCCGUGAUAUUCACCAGAAGUUGCAAGAUGGUUCCAUUAAAGUGGAGGAGGGAUGGGAUGGUGUGAAGAAUGGGUUCUCCCGUCCCAAAGAAUCAUUCCAUGUGAUGGAAGGGGAGCCAGAGGGAGGAGGCUGCUGUUGAUGACAGCCAGGACUAUUAUCAAGACCAAGGGACAUACAAUAUGGUGUCAAACAGUAUGGUUCACUGAACACCAAAGGUCGAACAUCAUGGCUUGUUACCUGUUUGUAUGAGUUACCAGGUGUCAAGGCAAAGCAUCAAGCAACAUUGUUACAUUUGUAAAUAUUAAAUGCUUGUGUGUUCAAUUAUUAUCCUCAAAAUAUACUUUGAAAAUGAAUCUCUUAAAAAAGUACAAAACAUUCCUGUUUACUUGAACUUGUUUGGACAACAAGAUAUACAUUUUAAGUAUCUUAAUGUAAACCUGUCUGGGUCAGGAGAAAUAGUUAUAUCAACAUAAAAUUAACUGGUUCUGGAGUAAGAGUAAUCUAACUUGAACUUGUUUGGUUCAGGAGAAAUAGCUUUCUAAGUGUUUAAGUUUUGCAAUGCAAAUCAUUAAUAUUUGUUACCAUUAGGAACAAAAUUGUCUGUUUAAGGUGUUGAUUUAAGAGGAGUAUUGACCCAGUGAAGUUUGGGUUAGAGUUGAUGUAGGUAUAGAGAUGCACAUAGAUAAGUUGGGAGGUAUUGACUGCCUUGAGUGUGAGUUAUCAAGAGUAUUGACUGCCUUGAGUGUGAGUUAUCAAGAGUAUUGACUUAUUGAGAUUGAGUGAGGAGAAGGGAUUGGCUUGUUGGCGUUUGAUUUAUUAGGGGAAUUUGCUCGCGUGAGUUUUAGUUGUCAGGGUAAUGAUUGCCCAAAGGUCUAGUUUGAAAGUAUUGACUAUGAGUUUAAGCUAGUAUAUUGACUCUUCUGAGUUGAGUUGAGAUAUACGUACUCACCUAGCUUGAAGUAACUAACUUUUACUCUAUCUCCUUUUGGGAAACAAAAAGAAAUUCUUUAGGAGAGGGCUUGUAUAGGCAUUACGCCUGUUGCCCAAUUCCUUUUGAAAUUUGUA